AGAGCCGAACCCGUUGCAUUCUGGGAAAAGGAAGACUGGAGGCGGUCGCCAUAUUGUUUGGUUCCGCAGAUUCACUGUAGCAGAAAACAAAAAAAGUUCUGAUUAAACGAGCUUUUAUUCAACAAUUACACAGGAGAUGGGUCGCUCCCGGAGUCGCAGCACGUCCCGGUCCAAACACUCAAAACACAGCCGCAGACGGAGCCGCUCCAGAUCCAAAUCCAGCAAGAAAAGGAGCAAGUCAAAGGAACCGAAGAGGAGCAGAAGGUCCCGCUCGAGGUCAGGCAGCAGGAGGGACAGAGGUGGCUCACCCCCCGACCGAACCGACAUGUUCGGCCGAGCACUGAGCAAGAGACACAACGACGAGAAACAGAAGAGAGAAGAGGAGGAGAGGAGACAAGAGAUAGAGAGACAGAGGAAGAUCCGUCAGCAGGAGAUUGAGGAGCGUCUGAUUGAGGAGGAGACCGCGAGGCGCGUGGAGGAGCUGGUAGCACGGCGUGUAGAGGAGGAGCUUGAGAAGCGCCGUGAUGAGAUUGAGCAUGAGGUGUUACGGCGGGUAGAGGAGGCUAAGCGCAUCAUGGAGGCACAGCUUUUGCAGGAGCUAGAGAGGCAGAGGCACGCCGAACUGAACGCCCAGAAAGCCAGAGAGAUGGAAGAAAAAUCCAAACGAGAGGAGCUGGAGAGAAUUUUGGAAGAAAACAACCGAAAGAUUGCUGAUGCUCAGGCUAAGCUGGCUGAAGAUCAGCUACGUAUUGUGGAAGAACAAAGGAAGAUCCACGAGGAACGCAUGAAGCUAGAGCAGGAGAGGCAGAAGCAACAGAAAGAAGAACAGAGGAUGAUAUUGGGGAAGGGCAAGUCCCGACCUCGUCUCUCCUUCACUCUCAAAGCUACAGAGUGACUUCUCUCCUCUCCUCUCCUCUCCUCUCCUCUCCUCUCCUCUCCUCUCCUCUCCUCUCCUCUCCUCUCCUCUCCUCUCCUCUUCUGUUCUCUUUGGAUGUGUGCUUCAUGUUGAAGUGAAUUGGAGUCUCAAAGAAAGGUCUGCCCUGUGCGCUCUACCCUCAUAAUGCUCUUCGUAAACCCUGGAAAAAAUCCUCAUGCUUCAAAACCGGACUUGCAGGCACCACCACAGACUUACAGAUCAGCUGUCAUCUUUUGCUUUUUUUUUUUUCAGUGUGUUGUAUUGAUAUUUGACACCGUUAAGCUGGAUGCACCUUCAGAAACAGGGCAUUUCCCCCCCUUUUUAAUGGCAAGCAAAUAAGAAUGAAUAAGUGUAAAUAUUUGUGUAUAUGAGUGUGUUUGGUUAGUUGAUUGGUCAAUAUAUAUCAGUGGUUUGAGAGCUCAGUUGAACUACUGUUCUUGCGUUCAAAGCAUAGGGGAAGUCCACAAAAAUAUUUGGAAAAAUGUAAAUUGGCAGACUUUGUUUUGUGCUUAUUAGUGAAUGUGUGUUGCAAGAGUGUGUUGAAGCAUUUGGUAUUUUUUAGAUUGUGGACUGAACGCCUCAAAACCUAGUUUCUAAAAUGCUGCUUAACACAUUGUUCUCAUAAUCACCUGAUAUGAACUGCGUUUAUAGCAUUGUCACCUAGACACAAUUGUCUUUUUUGAUACACCUUACUUAAAUCGCUUGUUUUUGAAACGUAGAACAUAUGUUGCCAGAACUUAUUAAGCAUUCAUAAUACAAGCUUUUUGGUGAAAAAAGGUUACAAUGUUACAAAGUCUUGUAAUGUUUCUAGUGCUCUGUUGGUACCUUAAGGAAAUCGGGAAUCGCAGGUAAGACUAGUUAGGGUGUGUGUGCGAGCGAGUUUGUGUGUGUAUGAGUGUAUGCUAGUGUUCUUGUCUCGUGGUAAAUUACCCCUUUGCUUGUGAACUGGGACAUUUAGUGUGAUGACCAAUAAAUCCCUUGAACACAA